AUGCACUUGCUCCUCAAAGCAGGAGCAACCAGCGAUGUUGUCAACAAGGAAGGUGAAACAUUUCUGGAUAUCGUUAGAAAAUUGGCAAUUCGAACAGAAAUCUGCAAAAACAACCUCCAGGUAGAUAUAUCUAACCAACCGGGACCAUCUCGAAUAGUUACAGGGCAAAGUGAGGAGCAUCAAAUAACAAAAGUUGACAAAAAGGAUACAAAUCCUGCAAUCAAUAAGAGGAAACGAUUAGCGUCUCCACCUUUAUGGGACAAAAGUACUAAAAGAAUCCAUUCAGCUAACAAGAAUUGGUCGUCUUUGCACUCUGCGGCACACAGCGGAGAAUUAGUAAGGGUUCGAUACUUGGUAGGCCUCGGUGUCGAAAUAGAUGCCAAAUAUAAGAACAACUUGACGCCACUCCAUUGCGCAGCUAUGAAUGGAUUUCAAGAUGUAGUUCAGCUAUUGAUCGAUAGUGGAGCAGAUAUAGAAGCUAUCGAUGAUAAACGACGGACACCAUUGCACAUUGCAAAUGAAUAUGGUCACUUGCAGGUUAUGCAGUUUCUGAUAAGUAAAGGCGCUAAUGUCAAUGCUGUUAAUAAAACAAAUAGAACUCCAUUGUACAUUGCAUCUAAAAAUGGUCAUUUGGAGAUAGUACAGUUUCUAGUUAGUAAAGGCGCCAAUGUCAAUGCUGUUGCCGUACAAAGUUGUACUCCAUUGCACAUUGCAUCUCUAAAUGGUCAUUUGGAGGUAGUGCAGUUUCUGAUUAGUGAAGGCGCUGAUGUCAAUGCUGGUGUUAAAGGAUAUCAGACUUCAUUGUACUUUGCCGCACAAAAGGGUCACUUGACGGUAGUGCAGUUUCUGAUUAGUAAAGGCGCUGAUGUCAAUGCUGUUAAUAAAGAAAAUAAGACUUCUCUGCACAUUGCCGCCUAUUAUGGUCACAAAAAUAUAGUCAAAGCAUUGAUAGACAAAGGUGCAAACACUAAUGUAGUAGAUCUCAAUAACGAGACCCCAAUAAACGUUGCCUACGAAAAAGGGCACAUGGAAAUCGUCAACUUAUUGCAAAAUUAUGGAACUCAUCCAAAUAAUAUUUAG